AUGCCCGAGUUGCAUAUUAUCGGUGAGAUUAUGAGUGGCCAUGACUUUGUCGGUCAGAGCUACUUCUGCAUGUUCGAGUUCGUCGUCGGUGAUCAGUGGCAUGCAGUGGAGGGUCGCACAAGCGGCUGCACGCAUAUCAUGUCCCCAGGUAGCGCUGGCAUCACGUGGAGCUUUCCAAUUGACGUUCAUUACGUUUUUACGAGUGUGCAGGGCUGGCCGAAGAUUUCCAUUCAGGUGUGGGAAAUGGAUUCAUAUGGUCGAAGAGACUUGGCGGGCUAUGGCGUCGCCUACAUUCCGACGCCGAACAGUAGCAAAGAAGAGGAGGUAGAGAUCGCUACGUGGAAGCCGGUGGCGUGGCACCCUAACUUUUUCGUGCGCUUGUAUAACAGCAUUCGCAUUGCUCUGAUGGGUGGUAACCCGGUCCUGCGAGAUAAUUAUCUUAUUCAUACCAACGAUCAACGCACGCAGCUACACACAAGAAGUAGUGGUAUUAUUCGCCUGCAGCUAAACAUCAUCUCUAGAGGUAUGAAGCAAGCCAGCUUGCACUGUAAAUAG